AGAUUCACUUAUUCACCUCGACAGCACAGGAAUCACGUACACACUCAUAAUAAUAAUAAUCAUCAUAAUCAUACACACUGGAUCUGACCUGAACUGAGUCUGGAUUUAUUAUUAAUCUCAUUCUACACACAUGGAUGACGCCGGCCCCCCGUCUCUGGUUGAUGUGUCAUUGAUGAGUGUGUGCUGUAACCUGGAGGUUCUGUGUAGUGAAUGUGAUGACGGGUCACUGCAGUUACCAUCAUGUCCACUGUUCCCGCCGGGACUCGCCGACCUCCUGCUGCGCACCAUGACCGACCGCGGAACACUGAACGACAGGAACGUCGGUAUCUUCCGAAACGUCGAGCUCUUGCGCCUAAGUCGGGCGUACGUCCGCUCCUCUGGUCUGACCGCGGCUUCCUUCCGUCGGUUCCUCUGCUCUCACCACCUCAAGGAACUUGAUGCUUCUCAUCUCUGUGGAAACAUCAGCGUUUCGGACGUCGUUAACGCUCUGAUGUCCAAUCAGAAGAGCCGUGAAGGUCUGCAGAGGCUGAGCGUGAGCGGGGUGAGGAGCUUUGGAGAUCCUUCAGUCCGAUUCAGCACAUUACAGAGUCUGAGGAGCCUGUCGGUGGCGUGGACGUCUCUGGACGACUCGGGGCUGGAGGACAUCUGCUCGCUCCAGCACCUGGAAAAGCUGGACGUCUCUGGAACGAACGUCACUGACCUCACAGCGCUGAGGAGGCUCCGGUCGACCCUGCGCUCUCUCACCGUCCACGCCCUGCACCGGCUCACCAUGAGCGCCGACGGUUUGGUUUCUGUCCUCUCUGAGAUGAAGAACCUCACACAGCUUGACGUCUCCAAUGAUCGCUUAAAGGAAGAUGAAGAUCUUCGUAUCGCAAAGCUCUUGCGAAAACCGAGGAUCCUUCCGGCGCUGGUGGCCCUGGAUGUGUCGGGGUGGAGGGGCGUUAGUGAGGCGGAUCUGAAGACCUUCGUGGAGGAACGACAAGGGAUGAGGUUCGUUGGUCUGCUAGCUACUGGAGCAGGAAGAUGUGAAGUUCUCUCUGGAGGAGAACAUCUACAGGUAGCAGGAGAGCUGAACCUCACACAGCUGGCUGAAGCUCUGAGGAGAUACAGGGAGCGGAGGAGCUUCCUGCAGGAGGCGCUGCUCCACCUCUACAACCUCAGCAAUGAACCGGACGUCAGGUCUCAACCUCAGAUCCUGAAGCUGGUGUGUUCAGGAAUGAAAACACACCCCGAGUGUAGCGCAGUACAGGUGACUGGAUCCAUGUGUCUGUACAACCUCACCAGUUUGGAUCUGGCAGAGCAGAUGCCCCUCGGCCUGAUGGGAAAUGUAGUGCGGCAUGUACUCACAACCAUGAGGAACUUUCCUGACCAUAAAGAGAUCCAGAAGAUCUGCCUGAUGAUUCUGUGUAAUGAUCACGUCCUCCACAACGUUCCCUUCAACAGGUAUGAAGCAGUGAAGCAGGUGAUGAAGCGAGUGAGCUGUAAUGAAGAUGAAUUUCUACAGACGCUGUGUAUUUCUAUUCUAUUUCUACUGCUGUCCCAGCUGAGUGAGGAUGAGAUGAAGCAGUUGGGAGCUGAAGAGGUCAUCAUCAAGUUACUGUGUGUGGUGCAGCAGAAGGCGUCGGUCGGAGUGUGUGACACCUCACUGGAGUUCACGCUGAGCGCUCUGUGGAGUCUCACUGAUAACACACACUCCGCCUGUACACACUUCCUACAGUGUGAGGGUCUGGAGCUGUAUACCGAACUACUGGAGACAUACUUCUCAGUGACCAGUGUCCUGCAAAAGGUUUUGGGUUUACUGAAUAACGUCUCUGAGAUGGAGGAUCUUCGUGAGUGGAUGAUGGAUGAGGAGCUGUUGGAGAUGAUGUUGACGCUGAUGGACGUCCCUCAGGUGGGCGUGAGUUAUUUUGCCGCCGGUGUUCUUGCCAACAUCACGUCCAGCAGCAGGUGGAACCUGAGCGAGAGCUUCCAUCAGGACGUCCUCACCAAACUGCACUCUGCUGUGAUGUCAUGGACUCCUCCGGAUGAGGCCAUAGUGACGUAUCGGUCGUUCGGGCCCUUCUUUCGUCUCCUGGUCGGCUCUCGGCCGUCCGCGGUGCAGCUCUGGUCACUGUGGGGCAUCAACCACGUCUGCACCCACAACGUUUCUCACUACAGCAGGACGCUGCUGGACGAGGGGGGGUUGGAUACACUCCGAGCGCUGACCUCUGACCCUGAUACACACCCAGACGUCCACGCUCUCGCUGUACACACACUCCGCCUCAUAGAGGGAGAAGAACCGGGGACGACCCACGAAUCUGUAGAGCCCUAGAUGAAAAGACGAGACGUCCAACAAGCUCAUGAAAUCUUUUGGCCAUAUUGAGCAUCUCUGGUGUUCAGCAGGAAAUGCUUUUUUUAUCUAAACUCCUCAUAUAUUGCACACAGCAUGUAAACAGUCACUAAUUUGUGUGUGUUUGUUACUUUAAACACGACUUUUAUUGUGGUGGUUGCUCUAAAAUCUCAUGUCCAUGAGAUCUACGCUGUUUCUGUUGUUCUGUCCAACAUCUGUGAGAAUUUUAUGAUGUAAAUAAAGACUGUGAUACUGAAA